ACUCUUUCAAUUUCAACAUCCAAGAAAGAGAAACCUAGAGAGAGAAAGUUAGAGAGAGAAACCCCAGCAACAACUCUCUUGUACCUUAUGGCGCGUUGGUAAACUAACAGUCAUCAAAGAGAGAUUGCAAACCCAUAAAGAUCAACAAACAAAAAGAGUCAGUCAGGAGGAUCAAGAGAGAGAAAACACCCACACCCACACACACUUCUCUUCUCAUCAAAGAUACAUACAUACGCACACUAUACCUAUACAUCUAGAGAGAGAAAGAUUGUGUGAGAAACAGACCCAGAAACCCAAACUUGAAACCCUCUUCUUCUCUCUCUAAAAAUCCGAUCUUGAAAAUACCCAAUUUGUCUUUAUGGGGUUUCAUUGUAUAGUGUUGAUAGAUUAGAUAGAUAGUAGAUACACAAUCGUAUAACUGUAUAGCUAUAGUUCUCUCUAUAUAUUUAUAUACAAAUAAUAAUAAAAUCAUAUCUUUAUUUAUAAUCUUGUAUAAUGGAGAUGUCACAGUCCGAUCCGGUGACUGAACAAACAGGGCUCGAAGAGCCUGUGUGGCAGUUAGGGUUGGGGGGUGGGUUGGAAUCAUACCCUGAAAGACCCGAUGCAGCUGAUUGUAUCUAUUAUUUGAGAACAGGGUUUUGUGGCUACGGUUCUCGGUGUCGGUUUAACCAUCCUCGUGAUCGCGGCGGUUCGGGUUAUGGAGCUGUGAGGUCGAGUGGCGGUGAGGAGUACCCCGAUCGUCCUGGUGAACCCGUUUGUCAGUACUACAUGCGAACAGGAAUGUGCAAGUUUGGUGCUUCCUGUAAGUAUCAUCAUCCGAGACAUGGAGUUGGAUCAUCAAGUACAGUGCCGUUAAAUAUGUCUGGAUACCCUCUUCGUCCUGGUGAAAAAGAGUGUUCAUACUAUGUUAAAACAGGGCAGUGUAAGUUUGGGGUCACCUGUAAAUUCCAUCAUCCCCAGCCUACCGCCGUCAUUCCGCCGCCACCACAGGGACCGCCACCUGAAUCUACGCCUUCCGCUAUAUACCCAUCUCAGGUUGCCGCUUCCCAGCCAUACGGGGUAUUUGCAAGACCGUCUCUUCUUCCGGGCUCAUAUAUGCCCACACCUUACAGCCCGGUGCUACUUCCACCAGGAAUGGUCCCGUUUCCCGGAUGGAAUCCUUAUCAGGCGCCUGUAAGUCCAGCGGCUUCUCCAAAUACGGUUGGAGCGGCCCAGUUUUAUGCAGUAACUCCCCAAUUAUCUCAUCCUCCUCCUCCGUACACCGGAUCUUACCUUUCUUUACCGUCUUCUUCUAGUAAAAAAGAACAUUCCUUUCCGGAAAGACCCGGUGAACCCGAAUGUCAGUAUUACUUGAAAACAGGGGAUUGUAAAUUUGGUUCUUCGUGUAGAUACCAUCAUCCACCAGAAUGGACCGUACCAAAGUCAAACUUUGUUCUUAGCCCAAUGGGCCUCCCCCUCCGUCCAGGCGCGCCUCUUUGUACACAUUACAGUCAAAAGGGGGUGUGUAAGUUCGGGCCAUCAUGCAAAUUUGAUCACCCGAUGGGGACGUUAAGCUACAGCCCGUCUGCAUCUUCACUAGCUGACAUGCCGGUUGCACCGUAUCCGGUCGGCUCGUCUAUUGUCACCCUAGCCCCGUCAUCAUCUUCGUCUGAAUUGAGGCCGGACCUUGUUUCGUCAUCCAAAGAAGACGGUCUCUCCACCAGCAUGCCUAGCGGCUCAGCCAGUUCAAGUUUGUCCCAAAGCAUGCCGGUUUCUGAUUCAACUGGCGGCACCGGCACCAUCACCAUCACCCGUCACCAUUCCACAUAACAAGUGGACGGUACCAGUUCUCAUCACAUUAUAUGAACCGAACCGAACCGAACCAAAACGAACCUAACAUGCCAUCUUAUUUUUUUUUUCUUUUUAUUUUAUAUGGAUUUUUGUGGUGAGUCCUGUUAUGAGGACUCUGUGUUCACAUAUUUACAUGGCCGCCAUUUUAAUAAGCCAAAAACGCGCGCAGGAAAAAACCACAUACAGUUCCCCGCCUGCCCCUCUUUCCCCCCGAAUUAGCGUUUGAAUAACCGCAAGGAAAAAAAGACGAAUGGAUUUAUAUUUAUGUGUUUGUGUGUAGUAUUUAUGUUGUGCUUCCAAGUGUUUUUGGAUUGGGGGCUGUGUAAGUGGGGAAAUGGAAUGGAUAUGGAUUUAGUUUAGAGCGGUGCCUGCUGCUGCCCUAUACACAAUAAAAGAGUUAUGGUAUGAUGAUGUAAGGAUUAUUUGAAUACUUUUGUAUGGAUGUUACAACCUUGGAUUUUGUACAUUUCCUCCUUUUAUCA